CGACCACUGGGCGAUGCUAAUGUAGCCUUAAUCUCAUGCAUUGGGAUUGAAUAAUAGUCCCGUCUCUUUCUAAAAUAUUUUCACUUUUCUGUGUCCAGUGGGACAGGCAAAAAUAUCUUCCUUUAUGGUAAAAGUUAGUGUUUGCUAGACACAAACGGUUAUCCGAACAUAAUUGCUACAGUCUUUCGUUGUUGUCUGUUCGGUAAGCUGUAACACCUUAAGAUCUAUUUAAGUGCCCUCUUAUUUGGCUUAAACUCCCUACCUGGCCAUUAAAACCAACUGACACCAUUACUACAUCUGAGCGUUUGGAGUUACAAAAUAUUGUAUUGUACUUUAAUUAUCGUAGUUACUAUGCUUUGAAACCCUUGAUCACAAACUAAGCCUCCAAAGUACCUCUAGUCAAUUAGCUGGAUGAAAUUUUCAGCAUCCGACAUUCCCUGUCUCUUGAAUGGUUGAUAAAAUAUAGUUUUAACUACACUUAAACUUUGAAGGCCAUCGGCAACAAGUUUUGGCUCAAAGGUAGCUGAAUAUAUAUAUUCUAAAAACAUCCAUUUUUAAGUACGUGUUCACACCAUUUAUUAAGUUGUUCUAUAUAUUAUUCAUAGGGUGUUUCGGUUUGUAAAAGAUAAUAAAUUGAAAGUACCAUAGUUCAGUACUUCACAGUGCUUUCACUCCUAAUCACAUCGUAAACCACAUUCGUAGUUGUGUGAGAUUGUAACAAGUGCAAUGUUUUAUUAUAGUCACUAUAUAUUUUUGUGAUUUGUCUAUCAUUGCUAUUUUCGUUAAUAUACAGUCCCUACAUGAAAUUCCUGGAUUUGUAUGGCAGACUACUUGUAUUAAUAUGGACAGUCGUCCACAUCGUUAUGAUAUUGGGCAAAAGCUGUUGUGUUUCGAACCUGACAGUUCUAAGGCUAAGCUAAUUUAUUUUGCAAAGAUCUUAAAACAUGUUUCUCGUAGAGAUACAGUAGUUCCCCAUUACUGUGUUCAUUUUCACGGUUGGAAGUGUAAAUGGGACCGUGAAGUCCCAGAAGAUUUGCUUCUUGAAAACAAUGAAUUCAACCGAGUAUUAAAAAGAAAAAUUGAUGAAGUUGCCCAAAAUGUACAUGGAAGGCAUCAGCGUAAACAACGUAUCGAUAUGAUUCUGGAGGGUGCAGCUUUAAGUGGUGAUGAUAUUGAUUGGGAAACAGUUCCUGGCGUUUGGAAAGGAUCUAAAUCAAAAAUAUCUUAUCAUAGUUCUCUCUCAAGCGAUAGCAAUAGGGGGAAAACAUUGAUCAGUUCCACAUCGUUUGAUGAUAAUAUUCCUUUUUUGGAUCCAGUUCUUUCAUCCAUUCUGGAUCAGGAGGAAAUAACACAAUUACAGUUUGAGCAGCUUCAGAUACACAAACCUUAUAUGGUUUCUUUAGAUCUCCCCCAAAACCUUCGAGAUAUAUUGAAAUGUCAUACCGAUGCUAGUGAUGUGGGAACGGAUGUGUCCAAGACAUUUCAGUAUUGGUGUUCGGUUCUUCAAGUGCUCCAAAAGUAUGUUGAUGGAUUCCCAUACAGUGGGUUGAAUAUCAGUGCUCUGCUUGGAUGUAGUAGUUCCUCAAGUGGAAUCAUUUCAGAUCGCGUUUCACGUAUCAUGAACCCUUUAUUCUCACUAACUGAUCGAAACCGGUUAAUUUGUGCAGAGGUUUGUUCUAGCCUACGCAUACUGUUUGAUUUUACCGUAAAAAGCUAUCUACUACUUCCUAAUGAAAAAUUAUAUUUUACAAACGAUUUCAACGGUCACUUGUUUGAAGAUGGUCGAGCAUUCAGUGUAAAUUAUCACCAUGGACCAAACGAUAUUCAUUCCAUUUAUCGAUUCUCUUCACCUCGAUAUGAAUUGCUUCCAAAUUCAGAAGUUAUAAAAAACCCACGAUUGCCCUGUUUAAAUUAUCCUCCUUACUACCUUUUAAGACUAAUCACUAUCCUUCCUACAUUACUGGAUGGUAUGCAGUUAACACCUUGUCGACGUGCUAUAAUUCAUCGACAUUUGUACAUGUUUAUCCAUUAUAUUGAUCGAACUUCGAAGUUUUGGUUUAAUAAAUGCUGGUCAGAUGAAAAGGAUAUGCGUUCAGUGUCAAAUAAGUUAGAACAAUCAUCGAUUAAUACUACAGUAUCUGAAUCUUCCAGCGAUACAGAACCGUUAACAAACAUUACUAGUUCUAAAUCAUUACGGCGUACAACACGAAAUACUUCUAAAAAUCAAUUAACUAUAAGAUCUGAAUCAUCAGAAUUAUCUCCUUUAAUAACAAAAUCAUUCUAUUCAUCAAAUGAAUCACCUACAGUAACAUCAAAUUCCCAACCAAUAAUAAAUGUUAAUCUAAAAGACAUAAACAAGGAUUCUAACACAAAUGUAUCAUUGACAUGUUCUAUUACAACAACACCUUCGAUUGACAUAAUAUCAACAUCUCCAACAAUAGUGACAGGAACAAAAUUCAAACAUAACUCUGUUGAUUAUCCAUCAACGGAUGUAAAAUUUCAAUCUCAAGUUAAACAGACUGCUCGAUCUAUUCAAUUAUUAAGUGGAAAAUUAAAAACCGAUGAUCAUACCACAACAACAUUAAGUGCAACAAUUACUAAUACUGUUAACACUACACAAGGUAGUCUUGAUCAAAAUAUUCGUAUGACACGUUCAAUUGCUAUGCGCCUAAAUAGAAUGAAUUCUGGUCCUAAUUUACGUUCUCAUUCAUUAAGAGGAAAAUGAUGAUAUGCAUCAAAAUAAUAAUAUGCACAUUUUUCUGUUUGUGCAUUUCAUUGUUUAUACUGCUAAGAUGGUUAUCGUUAUUCCUUGUUCUUUGUCAAACAUAUUUUUAUAACGUGUUCUAGAUAUUUUCACUGUCAUUAUUAUUAUUAUUAUUAUUAAAACAACUGCUUAUCAGUUUAACUGUUAUGAUGAUUUUGAGAAUCCUGUUCUUAAAUAUUUGUUUUGUAUGUUUUGGAAAUAAAUUCCUGUAACAAGGUAUACACUUCUAAAGAAUUAAUUAAUUUAGGAGUUGUUUUUUUUCUUAGGAAAUGAUCAUUAGUUCAAAGAAUCAGUAAAGAGUGUAGAAUACUUAAUCAUCAUAACUCAUUAGUUUGGCGCUUCUCAGCCAUACAGUUCGCAAAAACGUUUUCGGUUGAAUCCUAAAAUAAUACAUUGAACGUGCUGAUUAUUUAUUUGCUAUGAUUUGUUUUUCCCAUCGAUGAACAAUUAGCGUUGAAUUACCAUCGUGUCUUAAUACAACCUGCGAUUUACUAGUAGUUAAUUAAAACCCAAAAAGGACAAUAUCAUUAUACUAGAACUUAAUGAUUAUAAUAUACUUCAUUUUGUUUCGAGGAUUCCUGCAUAGGCCAAUCUGUGAUGAAUACGAUUAACAACCCAAACUAAUUUUCACAACACAUCACAACAAUGGUGUGUUGUUUUGAAGAAGCAUUGUUGAUACUAAUUGUUAUAUGAUUGUAAAUUAAUUCAGUAAUUAAUUAUCACAGCCUCACGUGAAUCAUCUGUUAGCAGGUUAUUUGUAGAGCGAGAAUUUUUCAAGGUGUACUAUACCGUAGUGUAUUAGCAACUCAUCAUGUGGAAUUAUUUUUUCUCCAAAUUUCUAAUUAUAAUACCAUGAUUCUGUACAUUAUUUUGGGUACAAACAUUAUUUAGAUGAUUACAAUUUGUCCAAUAAAAUAAUACGAAUUAGCUUGAUGCCCAACGACGAUAGUGUAACAUUGUUUUACUGUUCUAAAUAAAGUAAAUAUAAUCAUUCAUCAGUUAAUCAACUAUGUAAAUUGUUGGGUUGUGUAGCUCUUGAACUACCUUUACGUAGUCGAGUAAAUGAGAACAUGUAUCUUUGUUUACAGACAUUCAUUCACUAAUAUAUCCGAUUCUUUAUUACACAUCACCCUAUUGUAUUUGUUUCUCUAUAGGUACACAGAUAUGUUACGUUACUCUUGCGUAACUCAUGCAUCAUCAAUCACAAGAAAUUUCUUAUUUAAAACAUAUUUUUCCAAGUUGUCAUCCUUAAAAUUGAAGGAAGAAAAUAAUUCAUCCGAUGUGAACCCACCUUUGAAACGGUACAGGAAUUCUACUUCUGUUAUACGCGCAUUAAUUUCAUGUGUGCAACCUGUUCCAGAAGCUCCAAAUUUUCAUUUAGGUCCAGAUUUUAGUUGUUUAUCGACCUCAAAAACACGUCUUUGUAUGUUGUCAAAAGCUAAAGGUCGUUUAGCUGCAAGAGUAUCUGCCAGAGAUUUUUUUCCGAAUGAUAUUACAGCUUUAAGUACAGAAGCUCCACAUAUUAAGCGAUGGAUACCUAUACAAACUCCAGAUAGUAUUUUGAAACGUGCUGUUGAAGGAUCAUUAAGCAAUGAUGAAGCUAUGGAUCGGUUGAUUUUACUUCUUGCUGCUAAACAUUCGUGGAAAUUAUAUAAUGAGAUAGCUCCUGAUUACAAAUGGACAUCGAAUACUUUGCAUCGCUUGCUUGACCUUUUAUGUGUUACAAAUGGUGGUCGAGGUGGAUCUCAUUCCCAUGUAUUAUUAAAUAAUUAUAAUUGGAGUAAUCUUCCGGAUCCAGAUGAAAUCUAUAUGACUCAUCGUUUUGAUUUUACUCCUAGAUAUAAUCAUGACAAACAAAUAAUAACCAAUCAAAACGAGUUGGAAAAUAUAACAGAUGAUGAAAUCAACUAUGAGUUUACAGGGGACUCCAUAUCAUUAGUAGGAGAGUCUAAUAAUUGGAAUUUAGACUCACCUGCAGAAAAAUUGUUUCAUAAAGAAUUUAACAUUCUCAACACUCCAGCAGGUUAUCGAAGUAUGAUUCGUGGUGCAGCUAGAUUCGGUAAUGCUGAUCGUGCUUUCGAAUUGACUAAACUUGUAUGGGAAUCAAAAAAUGACGAUAAAUAUCUUGAUCUAGCCACAUAUAAUCAAUUAAUUCGUUCUCUACAUCAAUUAACCGUUGUAAUGAGAGGUGAAGAGAAUCUGUGGAAUGUAAUUUUGGAUAUUUUAGAACAUGUGAAAACAUGUGGAGAUCCAAUAAAUAUUUCAAUUUUUACCAAUAUUCUUUAUACACUAGCAUAUGCAAGUGCUAAAAUGAAAUAUUCGACGUCACCAACAUUACAUUUAUCUAAUGGAAAUUAUGUCUCAGUAGGUUUAGGCUUAUUAAAUGAAUUAAAACGAUUAAAUUUUAAACCUGAACUUGGUACAUUAGCUAAUUUGUUGUUGUUAAUUCAUGAAACACCAGCACCUGUAAAUCGAUCUUCCACAUCGACAAUAAAUAAACAGAAUAAUAAUAAUAAUUUGAUAAAUUAUCAUACUGAUCAUUCAUCCUAUACUUGUUCUAAUCUAUUGAAUGAAUUAUUAAAUGAAGUAGAAAUCUAUUUUAAUAAUAAUAAUUCUGGUAUAGGCGGUUCACCUCAACGUUUUGAUGCAUGGACAAUGGAUGAUUAUACGUUUUUUCCAAUAGCAAUGAAAUGUGCAGUGAAUGAAUUAAAUGUAGAAUUAGGUCAAAAAAUCCAUAAUUUAUUAAUUCAUCAUGAAGAUAGAACAUUUUUAUUGCCUAAUAGUCGAAUGAAACGAACUUAUAUGUAUAAUUAUUGUAGAUUAAUGAUUCAAUUUAAUGAAUGUGAUAUGAGUGAAUUUGAUCAAUUAAUCCAACGUUAUAAUACAACUUAUUGUCAGUAUUUUGAAGUGAUAUUAUCAUCAAACAGUUUACUGAUAGUUUUAAUCAAAAAUUAUAACAGAAUAUUGAGAUUAUGCGAUAGUUAUACUGUACCGAAUCUAAAGAUCCCUUUAAACAAAAAGACAUAUAAUCAACAAACUAUCCAUUCAAUAAAAUUAGCCGUAUAUAGUCACCUAUGCAGAAUAUUAAAUGACUUGUUAAACACUGAAUUCUCUCACUAUUUAUAUGUUUCUCCAAGCACCAUUAAACGGAUAACGCUUACAGUGUGCAAAUGGGCUACUAUUAAUCCAAAGAAUGCAUUAGAUAUGUCUAUGAAUAUAAUAAAUACUUUAAAAAGGUUAGAUAAUUUAAUAAAACCAAUGAAUGAUGUUUCUACAACUACUAGAUCUCAUGAUGUGAGUGGAAUAAAAGUUGAUCAAUCAAUUAUGAAACAGUAUGACCAACUUGUUAAAUUUAUGAUCAUUGAAAGUACAAAAUUAUGUUUUCCAAUUUUUGAUGAAUUAUCUACUGAAUAUAAUAAUGAUAAUAAAAUCAAUCGUGAAGAAUACUUAACAUGGAAAACAAAAUUAAUUAACACAUUAUAUGAUUGGUUUAGUUAUGCUGAAAAUCAUAAAAUGAUUACAUGGCAAUGGGCGUUAAAAGGAUUAUAUAUUUUAUGGAAAGAAGAUGAUUUUAUACAACUGGAUUUUAUGUGGAAUGUUAUGCAAUGUUUGGCGAAACAAGACGUGGAAUUCGAAGUUCGCGUUAGAGAACAAAGAGAUUUACUAGAACCGAUUUUAAACAUUCUAGAACAGUCCAUUCCAAAAAUCCCACAACAAGAUAUCAGAUCAAUCGAAAAACUAGAAUGUUUACAGUUCCUGAGGAAGGUUCUUAGCGCCACGGAGUCUACAAAUAUACUACCCUUGUAUUCUAGUACGUCUAACGCCGUUGAAAUUUGCGCCCAUAAUUCUCAGUAAAUGAAUAAAUUUACAUGCCUCUUACUUGUUCUAAACGACUUUUCGAAAUAAUGAAAUGGUGAUGUAAAAUUGUAUUAUGAGCAUAUUUUGAAAAAUUGUAAAUACAUACUUGUUUGUUUUUUAAUACAAAUGGUUGAUCACCUGCUUUACACGUUGAAUUCGAACAUUGCACGAAACACUGUAAUAGUUGUUAGUAUUCAUCAAGAAGCUGUUCUUGCUGUUCGAAGCUCAUUAUCAUAGCUUGGUCAUAACCUUUGGUAAAACGAUUGUUUUCCGUGGACUCAAACUAUUUUAGACCAUUGAUACAGUCAGAAACGCUAUUUUUAAGCUACUCGAUAUAAGACUGAUUUCCUAUCACACAGGACCGAUUUAACUUAUAUGCCAGUGGAAGAUAACUAAUAACAACCACCUUCUCUCUGUGGUUCCGUUUUCCUGUCAUCGUGAUUGGCUGUCCGACAUUUAUAGCUGGUAUCUUUCGAUUCAGCGAAGCGGUUAGUAAAGACAGGUUCUAGGUACCAAAAAAAACUUGUGUGGUUCACUGUUAUCGUUUUGCAUAUACGAUCAGACGGAAGCUUGACUAGAAUAUUGAAAUAGGCUGUUUGACGUUUAUCGUAGUUAAAUAUACAGAGGUAAACCUAAAGUUACACUUCAAUCAGCACUCCGUGGCCACAUAGUGGUUGGGGCGUCCGAAAAAACACCCCACCUACCUCAACUUAUGCGACUGGAUAGUAUCAUUAGCCCUCACAUGAGUUAUUUUUCGCUACACUUCAAUUGUCCAAGAUUUGACUGCAGUCAAACCUCCAACUCUUGCUGAGGUUAAGAAGGC